UCUGUUAGAUAUUACAGUUAGCAAUUAGUUUUCGUGCCGUAGCGGCGCCGCUCGAGUACAAAGGGUUAAACUAUUCGAUCAGUCUAGCUUUUUUCCACGUGGCGAUAAACGAAGUUUUAUUGUGAAUAUUGCUAGAUAUGUGAAUAUAAGGAGAUAUCAGAAUGUAAACGCGAUCCAAUUUUAAGUUCCGGUGGAUGUAUGAAACUUGGGUUCGUAUUUGAAUUCAUUAGGCUCUUCUGAACUCUCGCUUAUGGCGAGCGUGUACAACUUCAGCACAAGUCCUUUAGCGCAACAGGGUAACAACGACACCAGGUCGUUAUUCGUGACGAGGUGCGCGGACACGUCAAACAUGUGGGCGCCUUGCACUUGCUCGUUAGAAUUGUGUAUCGGAUGGUAUCCGUGCGGAUUGAAAUUCUGCAAAGGUAAAGGCGACGGGAAGAAGGCCGCCGCGCCUUAUAAAUGUGGCAUUAAGACUUGUAAAAAGUGUUUUAUAUUCUCGUACUAUUCUAAAAUGAAACAGAACUGUUUAUGGGACGAAUGACAUAUAAGAUCGUUGUAGAGGUGUUAGGUCUUGGUUUGUAAGGGUUCGUUAGGGUGUUUAAGAUAUACGGGAAGAUAUUUAACUAUUUCCUAUCGAUUACUAUUACGAGCACAGUAACAAAAAUCAUGUACAGCAAUCACUAUUUCACGUUCUCAGUCUCUUCUUCAAGUUGCAUUUAUUUUUCAUUUAU